AGAACUCAACCUCCUGCUGGACGACUGGAUGGGGCAAUUCUGGGAUGUCCCAAUCUAUGAAACCAUCUUAUACCCUGAAGGAACUAAAAGUGCCCCUCAUUGAUCUCCAGACCUGCAAUAACUACUAUCAGAAAGAAAGCCUGUUACAUGGAGUCAAGCCCAUCAGUGAAGACAUGAUCUGCUCCAGGCUCCCAGUGGGGCCAACAGAUCAGUGUAGGGGCAGCAGAGGAGAUCCCCUGACGUGCAAAGUGGAGGAUUUCUGGGUCCUGGCAGGAGUGAUGAGCAGGGAAUCAAACUGCAGCAGAACCAAUGAGCCUCAAGUAUAUACGAACAUCAGUUUCUAUAAGUCUUGGAUUGAGAAGUCAGCCACCUCGCAUGCUGACCUUUCUGCUACCCCCAGUCCAGAUUUCUCUGGGCUCUUCCCUCUUAGGCUUCUGCCUCUCAUUUUCCUCAGGCUACCUUAACCGGCUGGAGUCAGUAUGGCCAGGGUAAAGUGGCAAUUAAGAAUGAGGGACAAAGGGGGAUAUUCUAGAUGUUGAGGAUUCUGAAGAGAUACUUUGAAGAUUCAGUGAGACAUGCAGUUCUACUACAUCUAGGCCUAGCUCCCAGGAAAUGAAUCUGCUUGUUGCCUUUUCUCUUGCAGGUCAACUUGUAAAGAGGAUCCCUCAUGUGAAUAAAGUUUGGUUGAUUCUAACUACUAUUUCUCAUAUUCAUUCUUUUGAUGAAACUGGAGUUGGUGCCUGAGGAAAUACAAAAGCAAAGAACUUUAGGCCUGAAAGGGAUCUGGAAAUCACUUGACCCAACAAAUCCCUGACAUUCUAAAGCAGCAGCAGCCAUGGUCCAGAAAGGUUAAUUUGCUUGACCUUGGCAAAUUCAAGAUGAAAACCAUCCAAUCUUGGACUAGACUGGGUUCUGACAAAAAAUCAGGGACUUGGAAGAUUAGAAGGUUUCAUUGAAGCACACCAGACAAGAGGAGCCUAUGGCAGUGUAUUAGUUAGCUACUACUGUAUAACAAAUUACUCCAGGAAGUUCCCAUGUGGCAAAGUGGG